AUGGAGGAUGCAGGUGAAAAGGGGAAGACAAAGGAUGAGAAUAAAAAGGUUCACAAUCCAACAAUAAAUAAAUUAAAGAAAGAAGGAGAAAAAAAAAAAAAAAAAAAAAAUUUGAAAACAAAAAAGAAUAAUGAAACAUAUAGUGAUAGUGAUCAAAAUGAUGAACUAGUUGUUAAUUUCGAUUUGAUAGAUCCAGAUGAAAUAUAUAAAGAUAAUAUAAAAAUAUUAUUAAAAAAUUCAGAACUAUUUAAUAGUAUAAAAUGCUUUGAAGAAUUAGCACAUAUAAUAUGUGAACAACAAAAUAUUGGAAAGUUUGUAUGUAUAGCAAAUGAAAAGGAAUAUGAAAACUUAAUUAGUUUUGCAACCAUUAUAAACUUAAAUCAAUAUACUGAAUUAACAAAUUUAAAAGAAUUUUUUAUAAAUAAAAUUGAAAAAAUAAAUAAAAAUACAGAGUUUGAAGAAAAUCGUAAACAACUUAAAAUGUUGAUCGAAAAAAAAGACAUAAAUAUUGGAUUAUUAAUUGGUAGUAGAAUAAUAAAUUGUCCUAUACGUUUAGUUCCAUUAAUACAUAAAAAUUUAGAUGAAGAUAUAAUAUGGUCUCAAGGUAUUGAAGAUUUAGAUUAUAGUGAAAAAAAAUUUUAUUUUUUUGAUUAUAUUUUAUUUUAUACUAAAGCUUAUAAAAAUGUAAAUAACCCUGAUCAAAUUAUUUUUUUUAAUUUUGAAGAAGAACAUUUUUUUAAACAUAAGUUGUAUUACAUCAUGUGGAAUAAUAAUAAUAUUAAAAAGUUUUAUGAAAUCGAAAAUGAAAAAAAUAAAGAAACAAAUUAUAAAGAGUUUGUUAUACUUUUUAUCAUACCAUAUUCAAAAUAUCAACAAGUUUCAGAAGAGCUACAAAACUCGGUUUGA